CUUCUUUUGUCACCCUCAUUCAUUCAUUCAUUCAUUCAUUCCCAUCACCUCCUCUCUCUCUCUCUCUCUCUCUCUCUCUCUCUCUAUAGACACAUUCACCGUUCACAUCUUCCGGAAUUGCUACUGAUUUGGGCUUGAAUUCUUUCAAUAUUAAUGGGCGGGAUUGUGAACAUGGUGAAGAAGCCGCCCAAAGUACAACAAGUGGAUAUAGUUUUUUACAAUCCCUUAUAUGGUGGCAAUGGGUCUGACGUAGGAGUCAAUGAUGGGUUUCCUUGCUUUCCUAAGCGGACAGCUGCUCCAAAGGUAUCAGAAACAAGCUCCCUUUUGGGCAGGGCUGGUGGGAAGGCAGUGGCAGUAUUGGACACCCUUGGUAGUAGCAUGACGAAUUUGAAUCCAAGCAGAGGUUUGACCUCAGGGGCAACAAAAGGGAAUAAAAUUUCAAUUUUGGCUUUUGAAGUCGCAAACACAGUUGUCAAGGGUUCAAAUUUAAUGCAGUCCCUUUCUAAGGAUAACAUCAAACAUCUAAAAGAGGUUGUGCUUCCUUCAGAAGGCGUACAGAAUUUGAUAUCAAGAGAUAUGGAUGAACUCCUGAGAAUUGCUGCUGCUGACAAGAGAGAAGAGCUCAAAGUUUUCUCGGGAGAAGUAGUGCGUUUUGGAAAGCGUUGUAAAGAUCCUCGGUGGCAUAAACUGGAUCGCUAUUUUGAACAGUUGGGUUCAGAAAUUACACCACAGAGGCAAUUGAAGGAAGAUGCAGAGACAGUGAUGCAGCAAUUGAUGCCGUUAGUCCUAAAUACAGCUGAAUUAUAUCAUGAGUUACAUGCCUUGGACAGAUUUGAACAAGAUUAUCAGCGGAAGCUUCAAGAGGAAGACAACUCAAGUACCACCCAAAGAGGGGAUAGCCUUGCAAUCUUGAGAGCAGAGUUGAAGAGUCAAGAGAAGGUUGUAAGCAGUUUGAAGAACAAAUCACUCUGGUCUAAGACUUUUAAAGAGGUUGUGUGGAAGCUUGUAGACGUUGUACACUUAUUACAUGUAAUGAUUCAUGAAGCUUUUGGCAGUGCUGCUGAAGAACCAGUGGAAAGUUCUGCGAGGAACUACAAGAAGUUGGGGCCUGCUGGUAUUGCAUUACAUUAUGCAAGUAUUAUUUCACAUAUUAACACACUCGUGUCUCUGUCUCGAUCAAGUUCGGUGGCUCAAAAGUUGAGGGAUACUUUAUAUCUAGGGCUGCCAUCCACUGUAACGUCAGGUUUGCGCUCAAAAUUACAGUUAGUUGAGCUCACCAUCCCUCAAAUCAAAGCUCAAAUGGGGAAAACAUUGGAGUGGCUUGUUCCCGUUGCAAGUAACACAACCAAAGCUCUUCAUAACUUUGGCUGGGUCGGAGAGUGGGAAAAUGCAGAGUUUGAGGCACGCUGGAAACAUAGUCACCAGACUGGCAUUCUGAUGAUUGAGACACUACACCAUGCUGAUAAGGCAGUAACUGAAGCUUAUAUCUGUCAACUUAUCGUUUGGCUACACCAUCUGAUGAGCCAGGCGGGGGCUGGUGUUGGUGGAAUGCCGUCAACUCCUGUUAUUAAUCGGUUAUCUACAGACAACGCCAACUGUUCGUCCCCCGUGUUGACAGAUGAAGAUCAAGAGAUGCUUCAAGAUGUGAGUAAGAACAACCUGAGGCUUGGAACGAGUAAGAGUCAGAAUUAUGAAGCGGGACAGACCAGGUUCAGCAAACACCAUAGGCUGAGUAAGAGCUGCGGACACUCCCUACCAAGUGAAACCAGGAAACUUCCAUUCCCCAUUCAGAGUCUGAUAUCGAGGCCUAGGCCGAUCGACUUUGAUAUCGACCGGAUCAAACUGUUGGAUGUCAUUGAUGGACUUGACACAACCAAAGGCUCCAAGUAGCUGCAGAUCAACAUGUUCUGUAUAAAGGUCUCAUAAGUGUAAAUAGUAUCAUUAUCUUUUCUUUCGUUCUUUCUUUCUUUCUUUCUUUCCUUUUUGGUAAGGUGUAAUUCAUCGGUCCAAUUUAAUAAUCAAUGGAUCAAAAUAAUUUGACAAAA